AUCAAAUCCCACGUCAUUCAGAUGGACAAGACAUCAUAACCAAGUGAGCACGUGCCGUGAUGAGACAGAAUGCUACGUCAGCCACAUAUCACACUGAACUGCGCCACAACUCGAUGAUCUCACGUGGUGAUAAGAUAAAAAUUUCAAGAAAUGUUUCGCGCAAAAGAUGCCAAAGACGGCCCCUCUAUGCGCCUUGGAUCUGUAAAGACAGGCUGUAAUAAUAAUUGCAUAAAAUUACAAGACUCGGUCUCGUUCUAUAAUGGCUUCAGAAAAGGUGAAAAAGAGAAGCCCGAGAGCUUGGGAUGCUCUUAAUCCCCCUCUUGCAGAAUGGAUUCGCGAUGCUGUCGCAACCAUGGGCUUUAGCCAAAUGACACCCGUCCAAGCUGCAACAUUACCGCAUUUCCUUGGAAACAAAGAUGUUGUUGUUGAGGCAGUCACUGGUAGUGGAAAAACCCUUGCCUUUCUCAUCCCGCUUGUACAAAAACUUUUGCGACUUAGCGAACCCACGAAGAAGCAUCAUGUUGCUGCGAUAAUCGUCUCUCCUACUCGCGAACUGGCUGCUCAGAUUCAUACUGUUCUUGUAAAUCUGUUACAAUUCCACGAAGCUUCGGCUGAAAUACUCCCGCACCUCAAAGGCGACGAAAAACGACCUUCUACCACUGUACCCGCCAUCGUCCCCCAGCUGCUCGUUGGGGGCACCACGACCACCGCCCAAGAUCUGAGCUUCUUCCUUCGAAACAGUCCUAAUGUUCUUAUCUCCUCGCCCGGCCGACUUGUCGAACUCCUGUCUUCACCUCACGUCCACUGCCCUCAAUCCUCUUUCGAGGUUCUCGUUCUCGAUGAGGCCGAUCGACUUCUUGAUCUUGGCUUUAAGCCUGAUUUGCAGAAAAUCCUAUCACAUCUUCCCAAACAAAGAAGAACGGGUCUUUUCAGCGCCAGUGUUAGUGAGGCUGUUGGAGAGAUCAUCCGAGUUGGUUUACGAAAUCCCGUCAAGAUUGAAGUCAAGGUCAAGAUGAAGGAUGGCGGAAUUCUUGAAGACAGGAAAACACCUGCCAGUCUCCAGAUGGCAUAUAUGGUCAAGCCUGCGAGUCAAAAACUGCCUGCCCUGGCAGAACUUCUUCGACAAUUACCUAUCAAACCCCAACGGAGCAUUGUUUUCCUGUCAACAUGCGCUGCUGUCGAUUACUUCCAGCAUGUUCUGCCUGCGAUCUUACCAGAGGGCUUUGCGCUAGUACCUUUACAUGGGAAGCACCCGGCUAAAGUACGAGAGAAGAACUUCAACCGCUUUUUGAACUCUGUUACCCCUACAAUACUACUCACAACCGAUUUGGCAGCUCGUGGAUUAGAUAUUCCUCAGGUUGACUUGGUGGUUCAGAUCGAUGCUCCUUCAGAUCCCAAGGCGUUCAUUCACCGUAGUGGAAGAGCUGGUCGUGCAGGCCGAAAAGGUCUGGCUGUGGUUAUGUUGCACCCUGGGCGAGAGGAGGACUACGUGCAAUUUUUGGAGAUUCGCAAGACACCAAUUUUAAAGCUGGAGAAGCCAGCCGUUUUUACAUCAGAGGAGGAUGCUGUGGCUGCUACAAAGAAGAUGAGGGACCUAGUGUUGACGGAUAGAGCACUUUUCGACAAGGCUCAGAAGGGAUUUGUGAGUUGGGCUCGAAGCUACGGCGCUCAUCAGGCAACAUCUAUCUUCCGCGCAGCUGAUCUCGACUGGGCUGAUCUCGGCAAUGCAUGGGGCCUGCUUCGCAUGCCCAGGAUGCCUGAGCUCAAGGGCUGGAAGGGCGACAAGAUGUGUGGUCUCGAAAUCGACUGGGACAAUUACGCCUACAAGGAGAAGACACGCGAGCAAGCACGAAAAGCAGCUCUCGAAGAGGAAAAGUCCGGAGAGAAGAAGGACAAGAGCGACGAGACAAAGCGAAAGCGAAAGAACAACGAAGCAUGGAGCGCUAAGCACGAAAAGGAGGAUGAGAGAGUUGAGCGCAGGGAGAAGCGACGUAAGCGCCGUGAGGCUGAGGCCACAUCCAAGAUGACGGACGAAGAAAAGGUUAAGCAAAUGGAGCUAAACGAACUCAUCGCCGAGGUCCGGAGACAGAACCGCGAAAAGGCUGCUGCUGAAGCUGCGGCGGCCAAGAAGGACAAGGAGGAUGAGUUUGCGGGCUUCGAUGACUAAGGUAGUUAGUUUGGUGAGACGAGAUAGGAAUAUACCCCGUUGUUUGGCUAAGAUAUGUUUUGGGUCUGGUGUACCUGAGGGUAAGGCAGAAUGGGAGUGGUUUGUGUGCGGACGACGUGGACAUUGCGUGGCUUGGUUGUGAGAACAUGGGUGAUUUAUAAGAUGGAGGUGAGUAUACGCGUAUAGGUUUUGGGGGAUGAAUACGAAAAUUGAAGCUGGAUCCGAUGAACGCGUAUUCUGAUUUCGUUGUAGAUGACUCUUGUAUGUUUCUUGAGGGGCAUUUUAGCAACAAAGACCAAAAUGGAUGGAUUGCAGAGGUUUUCUUCUAUAGGGGAGAUCAACAUCAUUCUUGUACACCUCUUUUGGGGAGAAAUAUGAUCUCUUGGUUCCUGGUGUUGUGAUAGUGUCAGCGGCAGUCCGGCAUAUACUGUCUUGGCAUCACCACCAAAAAGGCAAGAUACCGAUUGGAGGAGCGGAAUCAUGAGGUUAAAACAUUUCUAAAUCGGUUUAAGUCUAUUCAAACCACCAGUUAACCUACGCAAUAGUCCAC